GCAACGAUUAACCUUCUUUACAGAUCUAGUGCAUGCAUUCUUCAAGCACAGACAAGGCUUUUCAACAGGUGCAAAAAGUAGUUAGACCAUUUACCAGAAUGCUACAUAAUCCUCAUUGUCGCAAUACUCACACUGGACAUCAUCCAUCAACAAUUUGAGAACUGAACUGUGUGCCAACCUUACACAAUCCUGAAUCGUUUCUCUAAACCUGGCAGCAUAUGCCAUAUCCAUUUAAGCUUGCACUAGGCUUUGACAGUGAAAAUAAAUGUUACGGUUAUAUAUUUAUCCCGUGCGCGAUUACUGUUGCUCGCUCCUGUAGCCAUACUCACAGUUCCGCUAAAGUCAAGUGCGUCACCACCGGUCACCAGAGCCGUACUCCCAGUUGGGAAAGUAACACCGAGAGCUAAGACGCAAAAUGCGGUCAGUCUCGGCGAGAUAACUUUGCCCGAAAUCACAUUCAACAUGCAGUGGCUUCGGAUUGGACAGACAUGUGACAGGACAAUUUAUAUGACUAUACUCAGCCGAACUAUGGAUUUCCAAUGCUUGCUGCGUUGAUAAACCAGUUUUAUCAAAGUGCAUCAUGCCAGUGCGCUUAACAUGCAUUUGGAAUACUAUAUCCAUUGGAUUUUCGUGUGGAAGAAGCUGACCGUAGGCAGUUUAUGUGGAAUUGUUUCAAACUGAUUUUGAAGAACAACUUUUUGUCAUAUAUUAUUCCUGUGGGGUUAAUCGCUGGCGUUUAUUUGUUUUAAUCAGUUUUGUUUAUUUUACUGCCUGGUUCUUCUGAUUUGUAUUUUGAUUAACAUUUGUAAUUUAUAAUACAACACAAUUUUUGCAAUCGUCGAGACCGAAUUUAGCCUAUUCUGGAAUAUAUUUGAUUUAUCCUUCCUGUUUUUUAUUGUGACAGUUUUUGGAAUGGGUUUACUUUGUAGAUUAGAAGGGCGACAACGUGUUUUCCGUGAUUUUUAAGUGGGGCAGCUUUCCUAUUUGCCCGGUAAUAAAUUACAUAUUUUACUGUUACAUCUUUCGACUGUUGUGCCGUUUAUAGUAUCCGCGAUCGCAUAACCAAUUUGCGCACCGUUGGAGGGUGAAUUGCAUAGGCCUACAUCUGUUUUUUGGAUCUCAAACUCUGCCUGAGUGAAAGGAGCAGUUAACCCGAAAGAUGCUUCUAAUCUCUCUUACGGUUAUCCUUGUCCUGCGUGGACUUCUGACCUGCGCCGCACAAGGAAUACAGGCUGACUUUCCAAACGCUGAUCCAGCGUAUUCCACCAUAUUCAAUACAACAGACCCCUGCUUUGCAGUGAGCCCACCAUGCCUGGGUGAGGCUGACCGCUUCAGCCUGGAGGCCCUGAGGCACAUUCACAGAGAGAUGGACGAUGACCAGGAUGGCGGGAUAGAAGUGGAGGAGAGUGUGGAGUUCAUAAUUGAGGAUAUGCAGCAGCAGCAGCAGAUUAACAAGCACAACAAUCUACACAGGGAGGACCAGCACAUCACUGUGGAGGAGCUAUGGAGGGGCUGGAAAUCCUCUGAAGUUCAUAAUUGGACCCAGGAAGAUGUUUUGCGUUGGCUGAGGGAGUUUGUGGAGCUUCCCCAAUAUGACAGAAACUUCAAGGACCUGCGUGUUAAUGGGAACACCCUCCCCAGGAUUGCAUCCAAUGAGCCUUCUUUCAUGAGUGGCUAUCUGAAGAUCCAGGAUCAGCAGCACAAGCAGAAGCUCAAACUCAAGGCCUUGGAUGUGGUGCUGUUUGGACCCCCCACACGCCCACCACAUAAUUGGAUGAAGGACCUGCUACUUAUCGUCUCUGUGGUGAUGGGGGUGGGGGGAUGCUGGUUUGCCCAGGCUCAGAAUAAGACCUCCAAGACACACAUCUCCAAGAUGAUGAAAGAUCUGGAGAGUCUGCAGACAGCUGAGAACAGCCUGUGGGAAAUGCAAGAACAACUGGAGAGGGCACAGGAGGAGAAGCGCACAGUCACGGUGGAAAAGCAGAAUCUGGAGGACAAGAUGAGGGAUGAGAUCCAGGGGGCGCAGGACGAGGCCAACCGGCUUCACAAGCUCAGGGUGGGGGCCGCAAGUGAGCUGUGCCGCCUGCGAUAUGCAGAGGAGGAGCUGGAGCAGGUUCGUGGGGCCCUGAAAAAGGCUGAAAACGAUAUGCAGGCCAUCUGGACAGUGCCUGAUGCACUCCAGCUCUGGCUGCAGCUCUCCCAUGAGGUGGAGGUCCAGUUCUACAACAUCAAGAAGCAGGGUGCGGAGCAGCAACUUGCCAUAGCUAAGGAUGAGGCUGAAAAGAUCAAAAAGAAGAGGAGCUCUAUUCUGGGGACACUGCAAGUGGCUCACGGUUCCUCUCUUGACGAAAUUGACGAAAAGAUCCUCGCAGCUAAGAAUGCCCUGGGGGAGGUUACUGCCUGUCUGAGGGAGCGCCUUCACAGAUGGCAGCAUAUUGAGCGGUUGUGUGGGUUCCCAGUGAUGCAUAACCCGGGUCUGCCCAGCCUUAACGCCAGCCUUUACCCAGACCCCAACUGGAAGGUGAUGUCCCGUGUCUUCUACCCUUUGCCAACUGCAGAGUCAGAGCUGGAGGAGGACCUGACACCCAUGAUGGCAGUGGCUCCUAUGAAGCGAUCCCCACGGGCAAUGGUUCGUCCCCGCCGGACAGGACUCAUGGUCCAGCCUGCAAUGCUUCAACCAGACCCUGAUCUCCUGAUUCCCAUCAGAGCCCCACUCCCCCGAUAUGGAGAAGAUGAAGAUGAACACAUUUGCAUUGCGCAACUGACUAAACAGGAAUGUCUGGAGACGUCAUCUGACACAGAUUCAAUGGGAUCCUCUGUCAACAGAAUGUUUACAGGCUCUGCCCUGGACUCAUCUGCCAAGAGACUAUUUCGUGAUGAUGUGGACAUGUUCUCAGACAGCACAUCACAUAAACAUUUGAAAGAGGAGCAGGAUGAUGGCAACAUUAAAAGGUUAUCUAGAGAGGAGCUUGAGGAGUCUUUAAAAGUUGAGCCCUGGAAAUUUCCAAGAGAUGAUCCCAAUGUGAUUAUGGAGACACCAAAGCGUAGGUCAUCACGUGAGGAGCUGGAUGCUUUUGUAGAUUUCAGAAAGAUUUCAAGGGAAGAGCUGGAUGUUUGCAUGGACACUCAGAGAGUAAAAAUAUUUUCCGAUAGAAAGGAUGCCUGCAUGGAAAAAAAAUGCCCUUCAAGAAAAUCAUCCAGAGAUGAGCUUGAUAACUAUUCAGACAGCCAUUCUGGAAAGAUAUUUAGAGAGACUGAGAUUUCCCUGGAGGCAGCCUCUAGAAAACCUCCCAGGGAUGAUUCCGAUUUUGUCACCAGUGCUCAGAGACGACGUACGUUUAGAGAUAAGAGGGAUGUUUCCUUGGACGCAGCCACCAGGAAGAUCUCUAGAGAUGAGUUUGACAUGGCCACCGAGAGUCAGAGAAGGAGGACCGCCAGGGACUUCAGAAUAGACAAUUCCAUGGACACACCCACGGGACAAAUACCCGUGGACAGGCUGGACUUCCCAGUGGAUCCACGGCGCAUUUCCCGCGAGGAGCACGCGGCCAUGGAUGUGGGUCGCAUCGGUCAACCUGACAUAACCACAAGCUCCUUGAUGCUGCGGAGGCCCAACUCUGAGCCCUUGAGCAGGCUGGUGUACGACGGUAUCCUCGAGAAGGCUUACUCCACCAGUAUGACUGCUCCCAGCACGACCGACUUCCCCUUAACCAUACAUGAGCUACCACAAGGCAUGGUGGGACUGGAGACCACGGCCCACCUUACUCCCCGCGGCUCCCCCAAAGCCUCACCCCCUGAAUCCAGAAGUGGCAGCCGAGAGAAGACCAAGAAGUCCUCCAAGCUCAAGAGCCUGUUCCAGAAGAAGAAGAAGGACACUGCGUCCUCUUCACCCGUCGGGACGCCAGGCGGUCUGCAGAGGAUGUGACUAGAUGUCGGCAAACACAAAAGCAGCUCCAACACCAAAGGCUGGAAGAUGCUGAGACGGGCGUUAGGCAGACCUGCAGAGUCUGACUGAUGCUCUGGUCGCAGUACUGCUAGCCUUAAGGCCAGUACACAGACAGCCUCAGGAAACCAAAUAGAAAUCCACAUCGAUCUGGUUUUGUGGUGUGUUCAACAGUGCUAAAAUAACGAGUAAAGUUCAAAUGGACACUGAAAGACGGACACAUGCUGUUCUGGUCAUUUGUGUUUGCCGAUUACAGGUUAAAAACUCUGAUAACUUAGUUGAGUGUUUUUUUUAUUUAUUUAUUUUUUUUUUUAUUUUUUUUUUUUAAAUAUAAUUUUGUGAACAUUCAUUUGUGAUCAGAUGAGUCCCAUUGUACAGCGUCAGAGGCACUGAACUGUGGUCAAGUUGAAAACAAAGGUUGUUUAUUGGCAUGGCAAGAGCUGUGAUGAUUAUGAUGUAAUCAGAGGACUGCCGUGCCCUCAAUGAGAAGUCUCGCUGUGAUGAUUUUAUUGGAGAUGUUUGUCAGUCGCUUCGGACAGCUAUAAGAUUGUGGAAUGUUUCAUCAGAAAGCAGUUUCAAGAUGGACAUGUUAAGAGUUUAAUGUCUUAACAUCUUAAACAUAAUUUAAUAUCUAAUAUUUCUCUCUCAAUUUCCUGUUGUUAUGCACAUGGAUCUUUUUUGUCACAUUUUAGUGAGAUUAACAUAGGGAAGAUGAUAUUUAGGAAAAGUGUAAUUGUUUACAGAUUAAGUAGACGAGGAGUUUUAUAUUGCACAUAUUAUUCAUACAUGAUCAAAUUGUCCAUGUUUCCACAGUAGCAGUUCUCUAACUGACAACUGAAAGCUCUUGUGCCAGAUAACCACAUACACAAUGAACUGUAAUCAAUUGCAGUCUGCAUGUAACAUAGCAAAAGGUUGUCCUGAUUUUGACUUUUUGUAACAUGGAGCAGACACAUUGUAUGUCGUUGUGACCUUAUAACAAACAUGCAACUUCAGAUGUGACCACUUGAUGUCACCAAAAUGUAAAAUAAAAUAAAAGUGUCUUCUUCA